UUGCUAGCCCCCCUCGCUAUUUAGUAUUUAUUGGAUUCAUCUCCCCGUUCCUUUCUCCACGCGUAGCAGAGAAAUCGAAGGCCACUCUCGUCCUCAUCUCCUCCCAUCUGCCCUUUUCCUCGGGGCUACGUACCCGCAUUCCCAGGUGAGAAGCAAUGGGGCUCACUUUCGCAAAGCUGUUUAGUCGUCUGUUUGCGAAGAAGGAGAUGAGAAUCCUGAUGGUCGGGCUUGACGCUGCUGGUAAGACGACCAUCCUGUACAAGCUCAAGCUUGGAGAGAUUGUAACCACCAUUCCAACAAUCGGAUUCAAUGUGGAGACUGUCGAAUACAAGAACAUCAGUUUCACUGUAUGGGAUGUUGGUGGUCAGGACAAGAUUAGACCUCUGUGGAGGCACUAUUUCCAGAACACACAAGGACUUAUUUUUGUGGUUGAUAGCAAUGACCGGGAUCGUGUUGUUGAGGCAAGAGAUGAACUACACAGGAUGCUUAAUGAGGAUGAACUAAGGGAUGCUGUCUUGCUCGUGUUUGCAAACAAACAAGACCUUCCAAAUGCAAUGAAUGCUGCCGAAAUCACUGAUAAGCUUGGCCUUCAUUCUCUCCGUCAGCGACAUUGGUAUAUACAAAGCACUUGUGCUACAUCCGGUGAGGGGCUGUAUGAAGGGCUUGAUUGGCUCUCCAGCAACAUUGCUAGCAAGUAAUCAAAGCCUGUUUCGAAGGUUGUUGCCUAACAUCAGCGAUGCUCUACUUUGAUGCUUUUGUGACAGCAGAAGCAAGAAGACUAUUUAUUGUUCCACUUGGAACAUUUUGUUCCCCUUCUGCAUUCAAAAACCUUGUCUGUAAAACAAAUAUGUGCUUGGUUGUUACCUUUUUCUAUGUUUCAUCGAUGGACGCAGCAAACAGCUUUGUUUCUCUGCAUAUUUUUCCUCAUAUUAUUGUAUUUGAUAUUUUGCUUAUCUAGUGUGCUGCCUCUUGAGGUACUUGCCA